AUGGCAUCUGAAAUUUCCUCUUUGAGUACUACUUCUGUCGCUGCAUCAUCUUCAUCACCUGUUUCUCUCAACCAUGCCCAUCACUUCUCUCUCUCAAACUCACCUCAAAAAUUUCCUUCCCUUGCGUUUCCGUCUGACACUCGACUUCUUCAACUCCGCUUAGGUCUUCAACAAUUGCAACAAAAUGAUCGCACAGCUACUGUCUUUCUUCAUGAGGCCAAAGUUCUUGCUAAUGAAUUUGCUGCUGCUGGCACACCGCUCUCCUUUUCCGAGUUUAAUCUAAAUCCCCUCUUGGUUAUACACUUUUUGCUCUCUGUUAUCUGUGACACACAGAGAACAAAGUCACCACCAAAUCUCAACCCCAUUCACCACCGACGGCCACCACCUUCGUGCACCACUGUCACUCGCCACCGUCACACGUCGCCACUGCCACCGCUGCAAAUCACCACCGUCACUGCCGCAAAUCGCAGCAAGCAUGGUUCCUGGGAUAAAGACGGGUCGCGUAAGAAAGCAUCAAGUGGCGACAUAGUGUCGGCCGCAACAGCAUCUCCACAUGAUGUUGCCACAUUGAUGACUUUAUGUGAUGAGACACAGCCGCCAAAUGAUACACAAACAGUUGUAGAUGAGACACAAACAGUUGAUAAGAAAAAUAUAAUUGAUAUGAUACUAAAUGGUCUACCAAAAAAAAAAAAAAGAUGAUGAAGACAUAAUUGUUUUGAAGCACGUAGAAUUGUUUUGACAACUUCUCAACAAAUUUGAUAGAAGGUUGAUUUGAAGGAAAUAGGAUACUUUAGUCUGCAAUACUUCUGUUGUUUUUAUUUCCCACAUAAGUUCUGCGUUAUUAAGA